CCCUGGUGGCAAUGCAGAAGCACAGACGCAGCAAACACACACGCACAACCUCACUCUCUCGCCUUCCCUGCUUGUGGAAACAGCCCUGUUGUACCACACGCUAGCAUGUCUGACAAGCCAGAUCUCACAGAGAUUGCCAGGUUUGACAAAACCAAGCUGAAGAAGACGGAGACAAAAGAGAAGAACCCUCUGCCCACCAAAGAAACUAUUGAACAGGAGAGAAAAGGAGAUACAAGCCCCUAACCUGAUGGAGAAGAGGAGAGUCAAACACAGCAGAUGCUCCUUUGGUGGCAUAUUAUUAAAUAUGAACUAUUUAUGUUUAUUUUUUAAGCUUAGUGAGUACUACUGUCCCUUGUGAUGCAUGGUUAUCAUGGCGAUUGAGGUCACGGUCGGGAAAACAAGACAUGGAGUGAUCUUUUAACAAGGAUCUUUUUAAAAAAUUCUGUUAAUAACAAUUUUCGAAAUAAAAAUCUUCAUGAAAUAAACACAAAUAUGAAAACACA